AUGGCUGUGGUAAACUCUCUUUCAACACCUUUUCUAAUUACAAAAUCAUCUUUUACUACAAGAACAAUAAGGCUGCCUGUCCACAGACAAGUGGUAUUUGCAAGUAUUCAUGACAAUAUUUCAAACAACAUCUCAUCAUCAUCAACAACAACAAUAACAUCAAUCAAUCCAUGUCAAAUCAAAUUAGCUUCGAAAAAUGGGCUUAAGGUAUUUGAAGAUAAGUCAACGGGUGUAGUUUGUUAUAGAGAUGAAUAUGGAGAAAUCACAUGUGAAGGAUAUGAUGAAGGCCCUCGUUUUUACCACCAACCCCCAAAGUCUCCUUCAAAAUCAAGAGAUGAAGAGAUUGUAGAGCUCCUCCAAAGAAAUUGGCUUCAUAUAGCUGAUGAUGCUGUGGAAUGAACACAUUUUUGUGCAUUCUUAACGGG